UACUCUUCUUUUUAUUUUGCUUUCUUCUUCUUCGAGAGAGUCAAGUAGUCACCAAAAGAAAAAAAAAAAGGCCUGUUUUGCUUGUUUCAGCUUGACAUGGAUUUGCAAAUAACAAAGGAAACAGAGUCAUCAGACACUAAAGAUUCUACUUAUGACAGAGAAGCUGAGAUAAAAGAAUUUGAUGAAUCAAAAUCAGGAGUUAAAGGUCUGGUGGAUUCCGGAGUGAAGAAAGUUCCACGAAUGUUCCAUUGCGGUGAACGACUAUCGGUAGCCGGCGUCGAAAACUCGGCAAGCGACUCAAGAUUAAGCGUUCCCAUUAUAGACCUCAGAGGACCGCACAAAGAAACAGUUACUGCAAUUCAAAGCGCAUGCCGCGAGUGGGGGUUCUUCCAGGUAAUCAACCAUGGGAUUCCUGUCAGUGUUUUGGAUGAGAUGAUUGAUGGAAUCCGUAGGUUUCAUGAACAAGACACUGAUGUAAGGAAGCAAUUUUACGGCAGAGAUACUACGAAGAAAGUUAUGUAUUACUCCAAUACAAGCCUCUACAGGGACAAAUUUGCCAAUUGGAGAGAUACUGUUGGGUUCUCCAUGGCUCCUGAUAUACCUAAAGCGGAAGAAUUGCCUGCUGUAUGCAGAAACAUUUUGUUGGAAUAUUCAAAGAGAAUAAAAGCAUUGGGGUCUACAACUUUUGAGUUAUUGUCGGAGGCUCUUGGCCUUAAUCAAACUUACCUCAAAGAAUUGGGUUGCUCUAAGGGAAUUUUUAUUCAAGGUCAUUACUAUCCAGCAUGCCCCGAACCUGAACUUACUUUGGGCACUACUAAGCACACGGAUGCUUGCUUCCUCACUAUACUCCUUCAAGACCAACUUGGAGGCCUUCAAGUUCUUCAUGAGAAUCAAUGGUUGAAUGUUCCUCCUGUGCAUGGAGCUCUUAUUAUAAACGUAGGAGAUUUCCUGCAAUUGAUAACAAAUGAUUGUUUCGUCAGCGUUUAUCACCGGGUCUUGUCAAAUCAUAGAGGGCCAAGAGUUUCAAUAGCUAGCUUCUUUUCAAAUUGGCAGGAGUGGGACCAAGUUGAAGGCAAAUCCAAGACUUAUGGUCCAAUUAAGGAAUUGUUAUCCCCAGAAAACCCUCCUGUCUAUAAGGAAACUACCAUCAAAGAUUUAAUGGCGCACCAUUUUGCUAAGGGGCUUGAUGGGAACUCUACUUUGCAGCAUUUCAGGUUGUGAAACGAAUAUAUAUUUUAGCCCCAAAAUAAUAAACCACAGCCUAAAGGGAAACUACUAUAAAAGAUUGGGUGGCACAUUAUUAUUACUAUUGCUUUUUACAUAUGUUAGAGUUUUGGAAAAAUUUUAAAUGUAUCCGAAAUACACGGAUAUUUUAAUAAUUUUAAUCGUUAAUUUUAAUUAAUAUAUUA